CAGCAAGUCGACAAUACUUUCUGUCGUUCUCAAGCCUCUCUUCAUCCAGAGCGCCUGCCUACAAAUAACAUAGCAGGUCUAACUUGAAUUCUUUGAGUGGCUACGUUUGCGUUUGGCCACCGACACUUCUGCAUCUUGAGCAAACGAUAAUUCUCCUCUGCUUGGAUUCUCCUGCGAUCUUUAUUUCACAGAUCCCCUACGCCCUCCGAACGAAUUAAUUAAUAUCACAUCUUCAAUAUGGCGGAAGUGGCAAUGCCGCAGCCUGUCCCUGGGCCUGUCUCAAACGAGAACACUGCGCCAUCAACGUCCGAUGAGAUCAAGACCGUGUUUCACGACGUCAAUAACUUCAACGUCAAACAUCCUCUUCUCAAUGCCUGGAGCCUAUGGUUCACCAAGCCGCCGUCCUCAAAAGGAGACAAUUGGAACGACUUGCUAAAAGAAGUUAUCACCUUCGACACAGUUGAGGAGUUUUGGGGUGUCUAUAAUAACAUCACUGCGUGCUCCGACCUCAGUCUCAAGUCUGACUAUCACCUUUUCAAGAAAGGAGUGCGACCAGAAUGGGAAGAUAUUCAGAAUAAGCAUGGUGGCAAAUGGUCGUACUCUUUCAAGGACAAGAAGUUGAUCAACAUUGAUGAACUCUGGCUUCAUACCCAGUUGGCCGCGAUUGGCGAGACCCUCGAGGACGAAGGAGACAACGAGAUCAUGGGCGUAGUUGUGAACGUUCGCAAAGGAUUCUACAGAAUUGGAUUGUGGACUCGGACUACUGGAAAAGCUGGUGGCAAAGACACAUUGAUGAAGAUCGGUGCACGAUUCAAGGAGGUCUUACAAUUGGGACCGAGUGAUGUUCUUGAGUUCAGCGGUCACACUGAUGCGGCUCACGCUGGUAGCACCAGAGCGAAGGCCAAGUACACUGUCUGAAGGGAGCGAGAUCGGGCUCUCAGCAGGGUUUUCUUUCACACUAUGGUAUUACGAUAUGUGGUUUGGGUGUGCUCGAAAAGGAGUCCAACGGCGUUUUUCAUUCGGUGGAUACGGCUUUCAUGAGAGGGCAAGAAGGAAUACCCUGCAUUUUAUCAGGCAUAGCAUAGCAUCAAGUCGGUUCAAACCGCAAAAUAUGAUUGCAAAGUUAAGCAUCUGC